CUCAUUUGAUUGCAAAAAGAGGGAACCCAAGAAUCCACAACUCACUCUCCAACCUCUCUCUCUCCUCCUUAUGACGACACUCUUCUUCAUUUUCGCCAACAAGCUUCUUCUACCCUUCCCUGGCAUCAAUUUCCCAAUCCCAAUCUCAACCUUCUCCACUUUUUUAUUUAUACUGUUUUUCAAUUCCCUUCUCUAUCUUCAACCCACAACCUUCUCUUUCUUUUUCCCUACAAAUUCCCCUCACUCCCAUGAUUUUCACCGAGGUUUCUUUCUUCUUCUCUCUUUAUUCCCCAUCACCUUCCAUGUAAUCGAUAAUCAUUCUUCUUUCUCUCUAUCUAUUUUUUAGGAUCUGUGGCUUCUGCUCCACCAACUGGUCGGAAACACUUCUCUCUUUUCAGGUGAAUCGAUUAUUUUCUAAACUCUUGAGCCGCUGCUUUUUCCCAAAUAGAGAAACCGUCCUUCUUCCACAACUUUCUGGAAUCAAUGACCAACUCCACCUGCGCAGGCGCUGAGUUAGACCAGUGCCGAGACGAGUCAGCGGCGUUGGUUCUCAAAUUCGUCGCCAUCGCCUCCAUUCUCCUCUCCGGCAUGGCCGGAAUCGCGAUCCCCCUCGUCGGGAAACACCGCCGCUUCCUCCGCACCGACGGCAACCUCUUCGUCGGUGCCAAGGCCUUCGCCGCCGGGGUGAUUCUGGCAACGGGAUUCGUCCACAUGCUGUCUGAUGCCAACGAAGCGCUCCAGCACCCGUGCCUGCCUUCCUUCCCGUGGUCCAAGUUUCCCUUCACAGGCUUCUUCGCCAUGAUGGCCGCGCUCUUCACUCUCCUCCUUGAUUUCGUGGGAACGCAGUACUACGAGCGUAAGCAGGGGCUCAACCGUCCCUCAGAGGAGCAGUCUCGGGUCGGGUCGUCCGAAUCCGCAGUGAAGGUGUUCGGAGAAGAAGAGAGUGGGGGAAUGCACAUUGUGGGGAUGCAUGCACACGCCGCGCAUCAUCAUCAUAACCACCCCCAUGGCCAUGACUCGUGCCAUGGCAUUGGCAGCGAGAAGGAACAAGAUAACGCGCUUGCUGACUCCCAUGGACACGGCCACGGUCACCUCCACGGCCACUCCCACAUGGAAGAUGGCGAAGAAGCCGACGUUCGACACAUCGUGGUCUCUCAGGUGUUGGAGCUUGGGAUUGUGUCACAUUCGAUCAUAAUCGGGUUGUCUCUGGGGGUUUCUCAAAGUCCUUGUACCAUAAGGCCUCUGAUUGCGGCGUUGUCUUUUCAUCAGUUUUUUGAAGGGUUUGCGCUUGGAGGGUGCAUUUCCCAGGCGCAGUUUAAAGCCUCCUCAGCAACCCUUAUGGCUUGUUUUUUUGCAUUGACUACACCGUUGGGUGUUUCGAUCGGAACGGCCAUUUCUUCAGGGUAUAACCCUUAUAGCCCCGGUGCACUGAUCACCGAAGGUGUUCUGGAUUCCUUGUCGGCGGGGAUUUUGGUGUAUAUGGCUUUGGUAGAUUUGAUAGCUGCGGAUUUUCUUAGCAAGAGAAUGAGUUGUAACUUCAGGCUCCAGAUAGCCUCUUACUGCAUGCUUUUCCUUGGGGCUGGAUUGAUGUCUUCGCUCGCAAUUUGGGCCUGAUGUCCCUCCCCUUUAUAUAUAGUUGUAAUACUACAUUGUUCAAUAUUCAUGUUUUAUGUCUUUUUUGUUUUGUC